UACUCGUAAGGAAAAAGCUGAAUAUAGUGAGGUUGUUGCACAAUAUAGGGAAAUGGGGGUUAUAGUUUUUUAUAGUUCAACUUUGAAAAUAAAAUUGUAUGUAUAAUCUGCUGAAACUUGAAAGGUUUGAAAUUUUUGCUUGAAAAGCAGGUCAGCAUGUGAAAUCUUAUGGCUAAUAAUUUCAUAAGCAGUGAUAAGAGACAUUCAGAACUUGCAAACAUCUCAUUUGCUUUUCCUGUCUCAUCUAUGGAAUCAAAUUUGUGUUAUAACCUGAACAGGGCGAAUGCUAACCUAGAAUUUAAUGGAACUGUAGCUUUAGAAGAACAUCAAGAACAUAAGAAGAAACCAUCAUUCCAAAUAACAAGUGUGACAGUUCAGGGAGCAAGGAUAAACAAUGAUCCUGAAGAAGAUAGUGCAGAAGAUUUUGAUGAGUUGAAUUCAGAAACAUUUAAUUGCUCAAAAAAGAUGGAUGUUGAUAAUGACCAGUCCUCUGAGGAUACAACAGGUGAUAUUAGUAGCAUCAGUACUAGCACCACAAAUAGUAAUAUUACAGAAUUACCUUUCCUUUCUACAUCCUCCAUUCCAAUUAAGUGUGAAUCUCUGGAGUUGACUCCUUUCCCAAAUAUUGUUAGUUCAGAAAUAACAGUAACCUCUACCAUAGAUUCUUCAAGGUUUGCAAAAACUAUCAUACAACCAGAAAGAAAUCAGCAGGUUCUGUCAUUGACACCAACACGUAACUCAUCUGAUGUCACUGAGGAAGUGCCUAUGGCCUCUUGUUCUUACCAAUGGCAAAAUCGGUUCAAGGUUGUGAAGCUAGUUAGUAGUGAACCUUUUAAAAGAGGUCGGUGGAUAUGCACUGACUUUACUGAUCCACCAGUCAUUCAGCAAGAGGCAAUGAAAAAUGAGAUGUCUACUGAACAAAGCAAUAGUUCAUUGAAAACCACUAUCAAUGGAUUAACAAAUGCAUCUAAUAGUCAUGUAGUUAGUAAUUCAAGUGACAUUGCUCACAUGUAUUUAAGUCAAACAUAUCCAGUGACAGCUUCUGAAGGUUUUUCUGUAACACUGGAUACUCACCAGAAUUCUCAACCUUCAUGCAGUAUCAUUCUUCCAGUUUGUGACACAACAGAGUCAACUCCAGUCAGUAUGAUUCAAACACUAGGUAUCCAGACUAUGCAAACAGUGGUAAAUGAUUGUCCUCAGCAGUCCCCAGUUUCAGAUACUUUAGAACAUAUUCAAGCAGUUCCCAUCUCUAAAUCACUACUUUCACAAGAUCCUGUCACAUCUAAACUCAUCCAAGAUUUUCCAGAGAAUGAAAUGCUAGUAGGAAAAGUUCCUCAGACCCAAAUAUGUGAACUUGCUGAACAGGGAAUAUCAAUCCAGUUACAUCAGGGGUCCAAGAACAUUAUUCCAAACUCUUCAGAUUCUCAGAAUCUCGAUUCCCAAGAUCAACAGACUAGAUAUACAUUUACUAGCCAGAACAAAGUAACUUCAACUGUAGACACACUUAGAAUGACCACAACGUACAGCAGACCGAGUGUGUCAGGAACAGGCUCUAGUGCGUCUGCUCCUCUAUCAGAAGUUCUACCAGAAGCACUUGGUGUAAUGCCUACUGUUGAAGAUGAAGAAAGAGAAAGUGCGCCAUCAGGUUCCAGUACUGUGGCAAUAGAUAACAAGAUAGAGCAAGCAAUGGACUUAGUUAAGAGCCAUCUUAUGUUUGCUGUACGAGAAGAAGUGGACGUCUUAAAGGAGAAAAUCUCAGAGCUGACGGAGAAAAUAUCCCAACUUGAACAUGAAAAUGGAAUUCUAAAGGCCCAUGCCUCUCAAGAGACCCUUAAUAAACUAUCAGAAGGAGGACUUCAGUCAAUUUCUCAGACUCAAUUACAACAAAAAUCAGCAGCUAAAGCUCAGGUUUCCAGUCAGUCACAGCAUCCGUCAUAACAGUUAACAGUGAACAAAAUAGUACAAGAGUUCCUUAACUCCAUCAAUUGUCAUCUUUGUAUCCAGAAAGAAAAACUUAAACUUAACUUAGAUAAUCUAGCAAAGAACAAAGUAAUUCAAGUGAUUGUAUCUGUAUGGUCACAAAAUAUAUUCUGUAUUCAAUCCAUGGUCUUAACUUCUUACUUGUGAUUAAAGUGUUUCAUGCAAACAUUUGUCUUUACUAGGCAUUUAAUUCAAGCUAAUUUAUAAGUCCAGCAUCGGUAUGCUGUACUUGGUCAAAGAAAUAAAGGAAAUCUAUAGUAUUGUUUUAAAAUCUCAGAAUGAUAAAAAUAAUCUUAAAUAUUUUAGACA